UCUAGAUCAGAAGAGGAUAAUCAUGUUAAAAUUUGAAAUAGUUUCAUCAAGAACAGUGGAAGGUUUUGAAAAUGAAAAGAAAUUCGUCGCUUAUAUGGUGCAAGCAAGACAAGCUACUGAAUCCAGGGUGCUAGAUCCUGACCCAGCAAAUGUUGAGAGACGAUACACUCACUUCUUAGAUCUGUACAACGGCUUGAAGAAGGAAUUUCCAGCUUUGCUAAGCAAUAUUUCAUUCCCUAGAAAGAUUGUGGUGGGUAAUUUCGAACCAAACUUGAUUUCGUCCCGUUGUGCUGCAUUUGAGUCACUAUUAGAUUUGAUAGCAAGUGAAUCCCGCCUCCGGGACUCCCCGGCUGCUAUCACAUUUUUCAAGGACAUUGAGCUAAAUGAAGCUAAAAGACUUAUCAAUGAUGGAAAAUUUGACCAAGCACUAUCAGUGUUGGAAACCAGUUUUAAAUUGCUAAACAAGGUGUACACUGACAGAUCACGCGUUGUACUUGGCGCUUUGUGUCGUAUUGUGGCCUGUGCAGGUGCAAGUGACGGAACUCUUGCUGGCCCUGUAGAGCGCUGGGCACAACUCGCUCUAAAGCGUUAUGAAGCUGUCAGUGACUCAGAUCUGCUUCUCAUAUAUGUACCACUUCUCCACACUUGCAUUUCCAUUUGGGAGACUCUCGGACGCGAUAAGUCGAAGCUAGUGGAAGAACUGAAUGACCUUCGCAGGCGCGGAAUGAAGGUAGACUCUGUGCCAAGCCUCAUGGAGGCCGUAGACAGCCUUACUACCACAGACUAGAGUCCUAGGGACAAGUUUCACACGUUUUAUUUAUGUAUUUCUUUGACAAUUUAGAUCUGUUAGUAUGGCGGCAUUAUUUGGACCAAAAUAUUUAACUUUUAAACUUUGCUUGUUGCUGUAUUUCGAUUUUAGUAUAUUCUACAAGAAGCAAUUUGCAUCAAAAGUGAGAAUCAUUUUUACAAAUAGGAAUUAGAUCAUACUAUGUGCGUACGUAUUGAAGUUCGUAAGCGAACUCGUGAUGUUUGUAGUUCCAUUGUAAACCAACAGAUGGCAGCAAAUACAAAAUGUUGCGUGUAGUUUCUUUGUGGUGGUACAUAUUCAAAAUUUUCUAGAUCUGUGUAUUGUAUUGAGUAUGUCGUAGAUAAAAAACAGUGAGGUUUUGAUACUAUUAAAUAAAAUUCUAUUAGAACAUAAUAUUGUGAUAGGCAAGGCAGGCUAAAAUAGUAAUUGGUAAAUCAUUUUUGUGUUUCUAAAUUAGAGAAGAUGGUAACGACAAUUUAUCAGAUUUUCUGGUUAUUAGUAUGACAGAUAUGCUUAGCCUAUUAGACAAACAUUUCUCUCAUUCUGUAGACUUGUAGUGAAUUUGUAUAUUAGACUUUAUUUUAUUUGUAAAUGUUUGCGUACUCGAUAUUGUAUUGGCUCGUAUCUCAUUAGUUUUUAAGUAAAGUUAUUUGUUUAAAUCAAUAAUCAAUUUAUAUUAUAUUGAGAAAGAAAAAUAAAUUAUUAUUAUCUAUGUGUUUAAGUAUAAUAAUUAUGUAAAACAUAGCUGUAAAUAGUUAUAGAGAGAAACAAUUGAAUUGGACUCGAUUUUAUAAAUUUUUAACAUAAUCUGUGGGUGUUUAAGGUAUACUUGACCUAUAGUUUUUUUAAUAAUAAUGGCAUUUUUUAUCGCAAUUUCAAAUAAUGGAACUAUUAAGCGUUUUACCUACUAACGUAAAAUGGAAUAAUACAAAAUUUUAAAAUUGGAAAUAGCUUGUCAAUUUGAUAAGAGCUUAAAAUGUUCUAGAAAACUCAGCAAUGCUCCUAAUAUUUCAAUUUUAUUAUUAUAAAGCUUUAAUGUGUUUAAAAUGAUAUUUCAGUCUAGUCUUAUUCACAAAAAUAGGUGUCAAUGUCUAUAAUUAUAUAUUUUUAAGUACCCAAAUACUAUAAUAGCUUUACAACUGCAUCGUAAUUAUGGAAGGGUCAAUUACAUAUGUUAGCAAUUAACAAUUUAUAAUCGACGCAAUAUGCAUGGCCUGAUAAAUUUUAUCCAAUUUACAAUAUAGCUUCUAUUUUAAAGUAGGUAUUAUAUAAAGUGCAAUAAGCGAAAUAUAUAGGCAUAAUAUAAAAAGUAAUAUUUAAUAAAAAAUAUUGUUUAGAUGUAAUUAGGUAUGAAAUGUGAUCAUUAUUAUGGUUCAAUGUUAGAUUUUUAUGUCAAUUCAAAUGAAAUGGUGGCCAGUGAAUUGUUAAUGGUAAUGUAACUUAACUCUUACUUUUUCGUGAAUAUAAAAGAUAUUAUGGUUUUUUUUAAGUUAUCAGAUAUCUAUUAUAGAAAAUAUAAGUAAAAAGGUGUAGAUAGGUUACAAGCGCUCAGCAAGUGAUACAAUAAAAUGUGGCUAACUAGCCACACUUUUUCAUAUUUGUUUCUUUUUCACUCGCGAUUAUUGAAUCAUGCCAUACCACUUUAACGUGUAUCAUACGAUUUAUA